AUGUCCUCCAGUGGAGUAAGCGCGCUCGAGACGCUGGACCAGUUACAAAUUUUGGCCUACGUCGAUGUCUCCGCAGCGGUGCUGGUGAUGUAUGACUACCUCCUGACGUUUUCAGGAGAGGUACUAUUGGUUUGGUCUUCAAAGUGGAGCGCCAUGAAAGUGCUUUUCUUUGUCAAUCGUUACACUGCUGUUGCUUACGCCGUCUUCGUUUUCAUCGGUGAGAUCUCGCCCGUGUCUUUGUUAAUCUCGAGCGAUGAACCUUCAGCAUGGAUAGAGCACGGAGUGGCAAGUCCAGCAUCACAUACAUGCGAUAUGGUCAGCCGCGGUAUCGCAGCCGUUUCUAACUCAGGCAUACUCGCUGCAGAGCUGAUCAUUCUUUCCCGAACGUGGGCGCUGUGGCAGCGGGAUAGGAGGGUAGCCGUGGGGCUCUCACUAAUCCUCGCUACAGCAUUUGUACUGAUUGUACUCUACGAGAAUAAGUUCGUUCAGUCGCUGAAGUGGGCUACAUCUACAAGUAGUCCAUCAUCUGCGUUCCAUGGGUGUAUUGUGGCAAGCGGCGAAGACACGACCUAUGUCUUGUAUGCUUGUAUAAUUGUGAUUGAGACAGUUGUUAUUGCGCUCACAAUGGCCAAAACUCCGUGGAAGCUUGGAUUCUUCGAGAAUCAGCUGUCGAAGGUGCUAUACCGGGAUGGUUUACUAUACUAUCUGUAUUUCCUCGCACUAUCCCUGGUCAACAUUAUCACCGUGUUGACUGCGCCGCCGGCAAUAUGCCAUGUUGUGUCGACGCUUCAAGGCAUGCUCCACACCAUGCUUGCCACUCGAGUGGUCAUACAUCUUCGAGAUGCAGCAUCUUCCGAUUCCGCCAAAACUCUCUAUACUUCGGAAGAGAUCGGAGGCGGUCUCCAGUUUGCCCCUCAUCAUCUCCUGAGCACUGGAAUGGAGACAUCGCUCGAUGGCCAAGAUAACGUUAGUUUGGGAGUCUUUGGGCUGAGUCCAGCUGCGCAGAGGACGGUGCUUUCCCAAGAAGACACCGGGAUCGAGAUGGUGAGCAUGAAUGCUCAUGCUUAG